AUUAUAUCAAAACCCAACGAACCAGCUCGCCAGCAUGAAAGCCACCCUGAGGAGACAGAAGAAGAGUUACGGGAACACCAAGCCCUUUUGGAGGAGCCAUACAGCGACAGAGUCGCAAGCCAAAAGGAGGGCCCAGGGCUGGCCAACAUGGUGCAACAAGCCCUUCUGUUGGAGCAGCAACGUAUUCACCAGCUGAGAAACUACCAGGCGUCGCUGGAGGCAGCUGGCAUGCCCGUCUCUUUCGGAGGGCAUCGGCCUCUGUCCCGUGCACAGUCCUCACCUGCCUCGGCCACCUUCCCGAUGUCCGUACAGGAACCACCCACUAAGCCAAGGUUCACAACAGGCCUUGUAUAUGACACCUUGAUGCUGAAACACCAGUGUACCUGUGGAAACACAAACAGCCACCCAGAGCACGCGGGGAGGAUCCAGAGCAUCUGGUCCCGGCUCCAGGAGACGGGUCUCCGUGGCAAGUGUGAGUGCAUUCGUGGAAGAAAAGCAACUCUAGAAGAGCUGCAGACAGUUCACUCGGAAGCCCAUACGCUGCUGUACGGCACAAACCCUCUGAACAGACAGAAACUGGACAGCAAGAAACUUCUAGGUUCUCUAACAUCAAUGUUUGUCAGGCUUCCUUGCGGUGGUGUCGGGGUCGACAGCGACACAAUUUGGAAUGAAGUUCACUCGUCCGGCGCUGCUCGCCUGGCCGUGGGCUGUGUCAUUGAGCUCGUUUUCAAAGUAGCCACAGGAGAACUGAAGAAUGGAUUUGCUGUUGUUCGGCCUCCAGGUCACCACGCAGAAGAGAGCACACCCAU